AUGGAACAGCUGAAGGGCAGGGUGAACCGAUAUACCAACUCUACUGAAAAACAAAAGACUUCCCAGCUAGGGGCAGGUCACAUACUCCUGGGAAAGGAUGAUGAAGGGAAGAACAGGAAGGACAUGUUGAUGAAAUUCCUUGGCCCUGUGUUUGUAUCAUUGCUGGGAAAAGGUCAUUGUGUGGAUUUGCCUGACACUGGGCUGUGCCAGGAGAGCAUAACUCGUUGGUACUACAACCCCUUCACUCAGAAAUGCAGCCGCUUCACCUAUGGAGGUUGUGAUGGCAACAAGAAUAACUUUGAACAUGAAGAAGAUUAUGCCUUGCUAGCGGACCUGGAGUCCACCACCUCACAUAUCUCCAAACGGCCAGUGUUCCUGUCAGAGGAGACCCCUUAUUCCUACCCAACUGGAAACCAUACGUACCAGGAGAUUACAGUGCCACCCCCUGUACCACCACCUCCUUCUAGUGAGGCCCUGAAUGGGACUGUGAUUGACCCUUUAGACCAGUGGCAACCCACUACCUCCAGAUAUAUCCACCAGCAGCCUCAGUCCCAGUCUCCUGUGUACAGCUCUGCUGUCAAAAGCUCCAGUGCCUCUGUUCCCAGAGAGAGCAUCAGCUCUCCUUCCUCCCGUGCCAGUGAAGAGGAACACGUCUACAGUUUUCCCAACAAACAGAAGUCUGCAGAACCAUCUCCCACCAUGACAAGCUCCUCACUGGGCAGCAACCUGUCAGAACUGGACCGACUGCUUCUGGAACUGAAUGCGGUGCAGCACAAUCCCCCUAGUAGUUUCCCAGCAGAUGAAACCAACAGGAGUUCCUCACUGCCUAGUGUGACUGGACCUCACUAUGUCACCCCUGAAACCAGUAGCUCUUUGGUAGUGAAGGCAGCACCUCCCACAAAAGAGAAGCCAAAGCGGAAUGGAGGGCGAGGUAUUGAGGAUGUGCGUCCCAGUGUGGAGAGCCUUUUGGAUGAACUGGAAAGCUCUGUGCCAACUCCAGUCCCUGCAAUCACUGUGAACCAGGGUGAGAUGACCAGCCCACAGCGGGUCACCUCCAGCCAGCAGCAAACUCGCAUAUCUGCUUCUUCAGCCACACGAGAACUGGAUGAGUUGAUGGCAUCCCUCUCUGAUUUCAAGACUAGUUCUACCAUGUCUCUGAUUUCUGAGCCUUCCCUGGAGCCAAUUCCUAUCUCAGCAAAUACAGAUUCAACCAACACUCUUCUCAAUACAGCUUUACUGUCUCCAUUGGUAUACCAUGCUACAGGCUACAACAGGGACUUGCCAGGCUUGCCAACACCUGGCCCCUUGGAGGUCCUUCAUAUUGAAGAAGAAGGCAGUAGCAGUACAGUUUCAGUUACACCAGGAUAUUCUGUCACCACUCCACAGCUCCCCUCAGUGACUUGGUUGUUGGGUCCUUCACACUCAGAAGUUGCUGCUGUUUCUGCUACUUGUAUGGAGCAAAUGGCUUCUGUGAGCCCAGUUCAGUUGAGCAAAAAAUCUGACUCUUCUAAAGAGACAUCCCAGUCUUUGCUAGCCUCCAGGAUGGAAUUUCUGUCUGUGCCCAUGAAUACAGAGGCCUGGAGUGAGGGACUGGAUGAGACAACAGUCACUGAAAAGGAGCAGAGAGCUGAAACCAAGCUCUCAGCAGUUUCUGUUUCCGACACUGGCAUGACUGGCCAAGCAAAGGUGCAGACAACCAAAGAAUCAGAACAGCACAGCCUGUUCAGGGAUAAUUCAGCCUUUCCUUCCCAGAAGGAAGAGACUGUGGAAACAACUUUAGAUAAGCUUUGGGCUCUAGAGCUAGCUAUGCUUGCACCAGAAGUACAUGCUGAAAACAACCAUGUUGUUACGAAGCCUGUGUGUGAAUCUCCCAUUGUGGCACUGGACCGGUGGGAUAUUUUCCCAGAUAUUAAAAGCCCGUUGGGUCUUGUAGCAGAGCAAGGGCCAGUCCAGAAUACUGAAGUUCAGCAUGAAAGCAAAGCAAAUGUCUCUCCUGAUCUGGGUCAGAGGAGGCAGGGCAGAGACAGAACUCCUAGAAAAUAUGGUCCUCAUCAGAGCAAGCCAGGAGAAGGUCAGGAAGGACAGCAUUUCAGAAGCUCAGCAACCACUCCAGAGACUCCUGAAAAUGUGUGGAAGGAUGGAUUGGACCUGCUCACUCUCUCCACACCACCUGUUCAGAGGAUUUCUGCAUCAGGCCAGAUAAAAUCUGUAAUCAAGAGGACAAAAGAGACCUUAAAUGUGCAUCCAAUGUACCGUGACCUUUCCCCAAGGCGUAAGUUAGGCCCAGCCAUAUUUCACAAGACUGAGUCCCAGGAUCGCUUGAUUGAAGAGCUACAAGACAAACUGGGCAUCAGCAAACAGGAACCAGAAGAAUGGAAGAGUCAGGACGACUGGCUGACCGAGGGGGUCAUUAUCACUGCCAGGCCACAGAGGGAGCAGCAAGAUGGUGGACAGCAAGUAGAGAAGGUUAUAAUUCCUCCAGAAUCCCCAGCCCCCCUGAGAAGAACGGUCUCUGUUCCACCCUCUCCCCCACUUCAGCGUCCUAAAGAAGCAAAGAUGGUCCCUGCCAAAGCCAUUCCCUCUUCUUUUCCUGUUCUACCCCCACCCCCACCUCCACCACAGUCUUCCUACAUACCAUCUGCCCCAGCACCUAGUCCAGUCUCUGCCUCCUUCAGCCUGCCUCCCCAGCCUCUGUUCCAGUGGGAGACUUCUUCUGAUGACUACCAAGAACUAUCUGUUGUGGGCACUCCUCCUUCUGAAGAUCCUAGAUUCUUCCAUCCCCCCCAAGCCCAGAUUGUUCCUGUGAAGGCAGUAGUUUCUGUUGGGUGUCAGACUGAUGCAGAUCCAUUCUUUCCACCAAUGCAGGUGAUUUCUACUCCACCACUGGCUCGGCGUAGCAAUCCUCUUGCCACUCGACCACCCCGUGGGCCAUGCCCCCUUGAGAAGUCUGGUUCUGCGCAGCCUGCACGAUGGCCACAGGCCCCUGGCCAGGAUGAGGAAUCACGUGGUUCUCUUGAUGGAGUCCCUCCUCUGUGCCCCUCCACUGCAGCAUAUGCGCAGCCACAUUUCAUGGCUCAGGGGAAAGCUGGGGGUAGCUCCCCUCCAGCUGCACUCCCCAAACCAGGCAGCCAGUUGGACACCAUGUUGGGAAGCCUCCAGUCUGACCUGAACAAACUGGGAGUAGCGACUGUUGCCAAAGGUGUUUGUGGAGCCUGCAAGAAGCCUAUUGCUGGACAGGUUGUCACAGCCAUGGGGAAAACCUGGCACCCAGAGCACUUCGUCUGUACCCACUGCCAGGAGGAGAUUGGGUCGCGGAACUUCUUUGAGCGUGAUGGUCAGCCCUACUGUGAGAAGGACUAUCAUAACCUCUUCUCCCCUCGCUGCUACUACUGCAACGGCCCCAUCCUCGAUAAAGUGGUGACCGCCUUGGACAGGACAUGGCACCCAGAACACUUCUUUUGUGCGCAGUGUGGAGCUUUUUUUGGACCUGAAGGAUUUCAUGAGAAGGAUGGCAAAGCUUAUUGCCGCAAGGAUUACUUUGACAUGUUCGCUCCUAAGUGUGGAGGCUGUGCCCGGGCCAUCCUGGAAAACUAUAUCUCUGCCUUGAAUACUCUCUGGCACCCUGAGUGCUUUGUCUGUCGGGAAUGUUUCACGCCAUUCAUUAAUGGCAGCUUCUUUGAGCAUGAUGGGCAGCCCUACUGUGAGGUGCAUUACCAUGAACGCCGUGGCUCGCUGUGCUCUGGCUGCCAGAAGCCCAUCACCGGACGCUGCAUCACUGCAAUGGGCAAGAAAUUUCACCCAGAACACUUUGUCUGUGCCUUCUGCCUCAAGCAGCUCAACAAAGGAACCUUCAAGGAACAGAACGACAAGCCCUACUGUCAGAACUGCUUCCUCAAACUCUUCUGUUAGAGCCAUCAUAGAUGGGGAACUGAGCAUCUUUCUGUCAGCCACUAGGCAGUCCAGUCUCUCUGAACAUUACUGUGAUUUAAAAACCUUACUUGGUGGGAGGGGGAGGGCAAAGGGUAUGCUCAGUGCUGCUAGACAGGCAGUAGAUCCAGAGAGACAAGAAGGACCAUAAAACUGGAAAUAGCCUUGCUGUGUGUUUCAGCAGGGAGAUGCUGAGACCUGUCAUGAAAGCUUGUGUGAUUGUUGACAGCUGAGGUGGGCCUGAAGGCUUUGGCAAGGAGACUCCUUCCUCAAGGAAGGGGCUGGGUCAAGCCUACGUGAGCGCAGUCCAGCCUUGUCAGCUCUCUCUGAGCCAAAAUGCAACGCUUCCAAACAGUGCGUUUGUUCCUUUGGUGACAUUUCCCCUCUCUCUCUCUCUCUGGGACUUUUGAAUACUGUGCAACCUGAGCAAUAGCUGCACAGCAAGGGCUGUGCUGUGACCUCUGUGGUGCCCUGGCUGUGCUCAGUGGAACACACAGGAUCUAGUGAUCUUUGAGUGUUGGCCCAGGCAGCCGUAAAGACCCUGCAGUGACGUCCCUUCUGGUCCCAUAACACUGCAGGGAAUUGAUGCCACUUGUUUUUCUUAAAACGGUUGCUCUGUUUUCUAGUUUCUAUCAUUUUUCCCUCUCCUCAGCAUGCUGGAGCAGGACAUGUGUGGAGAAACCCUUCCCUGCUCCCCCAGCCUCUGGCGGGAGUGUCACAGCCUGUAUUCUGUGCUGUGCAUCCUGUGCUCCCCACAAUUGCAGAGGGCAUAUGCUCCCCAAGUCUGCUGCUCCCAGGAGGGAAGAGCAGGCUGGCAGCAACUAAUUAUUAAGAGCAUGCAGAGAAGUGGGAGGGCUUGACCCCUCCACUCCCUGGUGUGAGUAUGGCUUGUGUGGUGCAUUUGGCCUGAAGCUUGCUAAUUGAAAAGCCUCUCUGGUUCUUUUUUUCUUUCUUUCUUUUUUUUUUUUUCAAAGAGGCUA